AUGUUUGCAGAAUGUGGAGUUGCAAACUAUGGAUUUACUGAUCUUCCUCCACGAUAUGACCAAGUCUAUAAGGACGACGAACCGCCACCACUCUAUGAGUCUCUAAGAAAUUUUGGCAACGUUAUGCCCAAUAACGCUGAAAGUAGAAGGAAUACCAGCAGUGAGCAGUCUCAGGGAGUAGAACACCAAGUUCGAAUACAUGAACGAGCACCAUCAUACAACGUCUAUGGUGAAAAUCCUAAUGAUGUAGGGUUAGUAAUUACCACUAAAAGAAACUUUAUCUUUUCCCUCACAGAGCUUAACGCGAACUCUUUAGAUCCUCAGUCCCUACCAUUAGUGACGGAGCCACAAAUAGAGCCAUUCCCAUUUCCACUACAUUACACCAAAUUCAAAAUCAUAUGGAAGACGUACGAGAACGGUUUUCAGGUAGGAAUUUAA